CCCCGUUUGGCCGUGGUUUCUAGACUAACCCUUCCAAGUGCACUUUUACCCCUGCAGUAAUUCUCACAGCGAGCUGCCUGCUUGUGAAGAGCACAAUGUUCCUGGUCGGACUCUCGGGUGGAAUCGCGUCAGGGAAGAGCACAGUGGUGGCCGUACUCCGGGAACUGGGCUGUGCCGUGAUUGAUGCCGAUGUUAUUGCCAGAGAGGUGGUGCAGCCCCACUUCAAGGCCUAUCGGCAGAUAGUGCAUUACUUUGGCACCGAGAUCCUCUUGGAGAAUGGAGAGAUAAAUCGUGAGGCUCUAGGAAACAUUAUCUUCUCCCACCCGGAGAAACGGCAGCUGCUGAACUCCAUCACCCACCCAGAGAUCCAGAAGGAGAUGCUGAAGCAGAUCUUGAAGUACUUUGUGCUAGGCUACCGCUACGUGAUCCUCGACAUCCCUCUGCUCUUCGAGACCAAGAGAUUGACCAAGUUUAUGAAAUACACGGUCUUGGUUUAUUGCGACCCGCCGACACAGCUCUCUCGGCUGAUGAAGAGGAACAAGCUGUCCCAGGCGGAGGCAGAAGCUCGCAUCACCUCCCAGCUGCCGCUGGACGAGAAGCGCAAAUUAGCGAGUCACAUCAUUGACAACUCCGGGGACCUGGAGAGCACGCGCCGGCAGGUCCUGAGGCUGCACGCCCGCCUGGAGGAUUCCCUGGAUUUCCUCUGGGCACGGCUGGCGGUGGGCAUGGUUGUAGCCGGGCUUGGAGGGCUGGUGUACCUCCUCCUCCGGCAUUUCAUCUCUUAAUUCACCUUUUUCUUUUUGUCAUGGAAGAGGCCUGAAUUUCCAGGUUUGAAAAGGGCAGUGAAAGGCCACCUCUUUUAAUGAGCUUUGCCAGCUGAAUGCAGACAGUGGGAUGAGGCGUCUCCUUGCAGACUUCCCAAGGUGAACGUAGGGAGGUUUUUCCGGCACCAUCUCCCCUCUUCUUUCUUCCUGCUCAGGUUCUUACCCACCAGCUGUGCCUGUGAGAUGGGACCACUCCCCUUGCGUAGCUGCGGCCUGGGGAGGG